AGCAGCGAUCAAAACCGCGCACCCAACCACUGGGUCGCCCCAGUUCGCUCGCAUUCACUCUUUUUGUCCUCGGGGACUGCUUCAUCCUUCUGUCACUUUUCCCUUUGCUUGUGACUGUUUUGCUCGUCCAUCCAUUUGCUUGGACCCUUGUUUCCCCGCGUCAAACGGUUAAUCCCCGAGCGUCCGAUCCUUCAACUCCACUAUGGAGCCACUCUCCAUCGAUUCCGUCGUUGUUGACCACAGCGAGAUGCAGCCCACGCCGGGAACUCCUCCAUCUGAAGCAAUCAUGAUUGAGCAGCCCAAGAUGAAGGGCAGGCAGCGUCUGUUGAUGGGGCUUCAACGGAUGAGCUCAUCGCAGAGCCUCGCGGGACUGGGCAGACCUCGUGCACACAGCCUGAGGAGCGGUGGAAAGGCUUCCAUGUCCUGCGUCUCGCUGGCAUCGCCUGGGUCGCCAUAUGGUCACUCAUUCGGUAGUUCAUACUCGUCCGAGUUGUCCAAUGGCUUCUCCACGGCCCCUACGUCUGUCGCCAAUAGCCCCCCAGGCACUCCGUUUUGGGACGAAAGGACUCGCUUACGGAUGAAGACACCCGAAUACUCAUCCUCUGUUCCUCUUCCGUCCGCGCGGCGGCCUUUUACUAGAGACGGCAUCGAGGCUGAGAGCGACUACUUCUCCCGACCCGUCCAAAAGGGCCAGAAGCGCGCCAACUUCAACUUCUGGGAGGACAUGCCGACCGAGAUACGUAUGCAAAUCCUACGAUAUCUCGAGCCAAAGCAGGUUGUUCGCUGCUCGCGCGUUUCCAAGUCGUGGCACGCCAUGUGCUUCGAUGGCCAGCUAUGGAGCGAUCUUGAUACCAACAAGUUCUACCGCGACAUCUCGGCGGACGCUCUGGUCAAAAUCAUCAUAUCGGCAGGCCCGUUCGUCAAAGACUUGAACCUUAGAGGCUGCGUACAAUUGAGAGAGCACUGGGGCAAGAAUGGUUUCAUUGAGUCUUGCCAGAAUCUGGAAAACUUUUCGCUCCAGGGCUGUCGAAUCGAUCGGACGUCCAUCCACUGCUUCCUGCUACAGAAUACCCGGCUGGUUCACGUCAAUCUGUCUGGCCUUGCAGGCGCAACCAAUGCAGCGAUGAAGAUUCUCGGUGCACAUUGUCCAAGGGUUGAGGUUUUGAACAUUUCAUGGUGCAACAACAUCGAUAACCGCGGACUUUCCAAGGUUGUUGAAGGCUGCCCGAAGCUUCGCGACAUUAGAGCUGGCGAAGUACGAGGCUGGGACGACGUCGAGCUCAUGACUGCACUCUUCAAGCGGAACACCUUGGAAAGACUUGAUUUGAAGAACUGUGACAGCCUAAAUGACGAAGCACUGGCGGCUCUCAUUGAAGGUGUUGAUGAAGAGAUUGAUAUCCUCACUGACCGCCCGAUCGUCCCACCUAGGAAGCUCAAGCACCUGAACCUCACACGUUGCCGCAGCAUAACCGACGCCGGACUCAAGACUCUGGUAGACAACGUUCCGUUCCUAGAAGGCCUCCACGUUUCAAAGUGCGGGGGCCUCACCGACAAUUCUCUGAUAAGCCUACUUCCCACUCUACCCGUUCUCACCCACCUGGAUGUCGAGGAGAUUGAGAGUUUGUCGAAUGAGGUCUUGAAGAUACUGGCUGAAUCGCCUUGCGUACCUCACCUGAAACACCUCUGCAUAUCCUAUUGUGAGCAUCUCGGCGACGCAGGUAUGCUACCUGUCCUCAAGGCAUGCUCACGCCUUGCCUCUCUGGAGAUGGACAACACGCGCGUCUCCGAUCUCGUUCUCGCCGAGGCUGCAUCUGGACUACGCAAUCGCAACCGAGCUGCUCGCGGAUUGACCCUUUCUGAGCGCCCUGAAAUCGGUCUCCGCAUCGAAGCCUAUGAUUGCGCCAAUGUUACCUGGACCGGCGUCCGCGAGGUCCUCUCCCGAAACGCAGAGAUUACCCGUCCAUCAUCCAAAUCAGCAUCCAAGACCCCUACGUAUCCACGCGAAAUCAUCAAGCUCAAGUGCUUCCACAACUGGCAGCCGACUGUUGAAGAACAUACCAAGCGGGUUCUGAAAGGAGAUUUUGCUGCUGCUGCUCGUUUGGAACGUAAGUGGGCUGAUUGGAUGAUGCUCAACGAAGAGGCGGGCGUUGGUGGAGCGGGUGCGAGGAGAAGGAGAAGAAGAGCACGAGAGGCACAGCUUAUGCAUGCUGAUGAAGAAGAGGGUGGUGUGGCGCCGGGUACCGGUCGUCGACGACGUGCUCGGAGUGGCCCUGGCGGUUGCACUGUCAUGUGAGAUGUAGUGAUUUUCCAUGGUUUUUCAGCGUUGUUUGUUGUUUUUGAGUGGUCCCAGGCUUGUGGACUACUUUGCUGUAUAUGACAUUGGUCGUGUCCGAGACAUUCCAUCCGCGUCGCGCAUUGAGUUGGAGAAGGGAUUGGUAUAGACGGGUUCGAGGUGGCUACUUUUGCCAAACUUUUUAACAUUUUGCAACUACACAAUUCAUUGGAUAUGCAUCA